GGUGCAAGGUUCGACACAAUGUCUGUAAAGUGUUACGCAGGCGUUUCCUCCUAGUCUUCCUACUAGUCCAUAUAGUAUCAUAUGUUGUGUCCAGACUUGGGGUGCACGUUCAGUAGCUUCUCACCUGCUCUUGAAUUACCCCACAUGUAUUAGUUACCCCACAAGUAUUAGUUUGUGUUGUGUUGCUUAUCCAUUCAAAAGGUACACCUGGAAAUCAAAUGCAUAUAUAGUGUAGGCUUGACUAUAAUUUCCAGCGUCCCUGUCUUGGUUUAUAUUUCGUGUUUCAAGUUUUAAUGUCACAUGCACAAUUACAGUGAAAUGCCAUUCUUGCAAGCUCUAACCUCAACAAUGCAAUAAUCAAUAACAAUGUAAUACUAAAAAUAACACGAGGUAGACCCAAAACACAUAGGAAAUAAAAAUAAGAAAUGAGAAGUAUACGCGAAAGUAAGUCCGCGUUCUAUAUACAGCGUCAGUCAGUUCCAAUGCCAUAUUUACAAUGUGCAGGGAUACUGCAGUGGUAGAGGUAGAUAUGUAGGCAGGCCUAUAGGGGUAAGGUGACUAGGCAUCAGGAUGUAUGAUGAACAGAGUAGCAGCAGCGUAUAUUAUGAUUGUAUGUCAACGGGUGUGUGUAGAGUCAGUAUAAAUGUAUGUUAAUAUUGUGUGUGUGUGUGAACACAUGAUGGAGUGAGUGUUUGUGUGUGUGUGUUGGAUUGUCAGUGUGCGUGAGUGAGUGUGUAGUAUCCUGUGAGUGUGCAUAGAGACUUUGCAAAAAUAAAAUACAAGGGUCAACUCAGAUAGUCAUUGUGGCCAUUUUGCUAGCUAUUUAGUUAGCUAUUUAUUACUCUUAUGGCUUGGGGAUAGAAGCUGUUCAGGAGCCUGUGUCAGAAUUGAUGCACCCGUGCGGAAGCCAAGAGGACAGUCUAUGUGGCUGGAGAUUGAAAAUGUGUUAUUAUCAAAUUUGAUUACAACGUGAUAUAUGUGUCUGAAUGACAUAAACAACCCCAUUUGUAAACUAGUGCCUAUCUAUUAUCUAUUAGUUGCAUGUAAAUGUCACGACGUAGGCCGAUCUCCAUUUUUUUGUAGGGAAACUCCUAAACUUCUAAGUGAUUUAGUAGUUUACAUAAUGCUAUCUUUGUUAUAAUUUUCUACUUAAUAGUGCAUUGUUGUUUUCGUUAGCCACGGCGGAUUUCAUAAUUGACUCGAUAGUGCUGAUAUUUGUAAUAGUGCUAGUGUUUCUUAUGAUAGUGGUCUCUCAUUAUAGGCUAAUAACAUUCCUAGUAAUAAUAGGAUAAUGUAUUUAAUAGGAUAAUGUAUUUAAAAAAGAAGCCAGGUAUCGAUUUACAUGCUACUAUGUGCACAUUAUUUUAUACGACGAGUUUUCAUAAUUGUCGUUUAUUUGUUUUAGCUGAAUUAUUGAAAUAUGCCACAACUAGGCCAUGCUUUUAUUCUUCACCAUUAGGCUAUUGAGAUACAUGAAUGAACAUGUAUGUUUUUUCUUCUUCUGUAGGCUCAAUAUACAAGUGGUUGAAUUCCUCGGUUCUGUUUAAUAACCAGAAUACGUUUUUAUCUUGUCCAUGGAUAUACGAAUAUAAUAUUAGCCUAGGACAAUAGCAUGAUUUUUUUCCAAAUGUAAUUUUUUAAGACAUCAGUAAAUUAACGAACAUAUUAGGGUUCUAUAGCUGUGAGUAAAUGGGCCUACUAUGCAAACACAAAUACAAUUCUAUACUAAUUUCCAUUUUCAUGCUCAAAAUAAUCUUACAUUUACUGAAAUAUUUUUUUUUUCAGUAGCUGAUAUAUAAACAAUAUCAUCGCCCCUGAACAGGCAGUUAACCCACUGUUCCUAGGCCGUCAUUGAAAAUAAGAAUUUGUUCUUAACUGACUUGCCUGGUUAAAUAAAGUUAAAACAAAAAAAUAAAGUAUUAUUCUCAGCAGGGUUUUUGUCCGAUUAGUCUUUAAUCUGAUACUAUAUUAUUAUUGUAUAAUACCAAACUCAUAUGUUAAUAGGCUAUACAAAAUAGCACGAUAUAGCACAACAUGAUGUGCUUAUCUUUAAUAGGGGGUGUGCGUAAAACGUUUUUUCUUUGGGAAUGUUUGGACAUAACUUUCUCUGGUUCGAAGACAAUGGAAAUAUGAAAGGUUGAAACAUUUUGACGGAAGAUGAAAGAGGUUACAUACUAGGAUGGAAAGCGUCCCAGAGCAUUCGUUUUAAGGAAUAAUAUCUUCAUAAUGUACGUUAUUUUGCGCCAUAGAAACAUUUGGUUUUGUUAAUCAGCCCCUAUAUGGAGAAGUUGUUCUGGUUCAUUUCAGCCACUGCGUGUUUUGUUGUGAGUAUCAUUGGUAAUGCUUAUUACCCUGUAACGUAUGCGUAGAUAUCCCUCGUUAAAUGUGUGUUUUACCUCAUUUGGGAGAAUUAUUUGGGGGAUUUACUGGCCUAUGCUAACAGGGACAGAUACUUUCAAUGGUAUUUUUCAAUUGUAUUUUUCUCAAUGGAGUUCAGCCUCUCCCUUGUCACGGGCCAACAUUUAUAUCAGAAAUUGCGUACUAAUCAUGUAAAAUAAUAAUAAUUUGCUUUUAAAACUAGACGUUGUCACGUUUUAAGACAAGAGACCCGCGAGCAUUUAAUAGUCAAAGGGAUUGAUUUAUUAUUUAUUGUUCAGCCUUUGUGAUCACGUGCGCGCAUCACCCAAUAGAAUGGCAGCCCUGCGUCCGAACUAUUAGUAGACUGUAGUUCUUAGUGGUGCCAAGUUGCUACUUGAUUUCUUCAGAUUUUUAUCUUGUGAGAGUGGGGUUUAGUGCGUGUGUAUGUGUAUGUGUGUGUGUGUCGCGCUUGUAUUUGUAAGUAUCAGUGUAUGUGUGUGUGGUGUGUGUGGUGUGUGUGUCGCGCUUGUAUUUGUAAGUAUCAGUGUAUGUGUGCGUACAUGUGAAAGUCUCUUUUGCCAUGUCGACAUCUGGAACGUUGACUAGCUACUACGUCGACUCCCUCAUCUUGCCUGAGAGUGAGGCGCUCUCCGCGCCUAGAUACUCCUCCGGUCCGGGGGGGCUCCAGCACGCGAGGCAGCCCACAUCGAUCACCGAUCACACUGAGCUUGGGCCCUGCACCUUCCCGACGAAAGCCCCGGUCUUCAGCCCGUCCUGGGGCCAUGUACCGACCCAGUUUCCAGCCACCGUGUCGUCGGUGUACCACCACCCUUACGGGAAUCACCUAAGCCCGGCUCCAGGCGACCUGGAGGGUCGCUACAUGCAGUCCUGGCUGCUGGAGCCCAUGUCAGGGUCCUUGCCUUUAACUGGAUUACCAACGAGUCACCACUACGGGAUCAAAUCCGAGAGCCUGGAUGCGGGAGCGGACAGCGUGCUGCCUGGAUCCCACACGGCGCUGCUCCUGUCCGAUUUCGCCGAAGGAACGGCGGCGACUGCAUCCCCGGUGGACAAGGACACACUACCAGGCCAGACCGGGGACCUGAACGAGGAGAAACCGGCCCUUGAUCCAAAUAACCCGGUAUCCAACUGGCUCCACGCUAGCGCCACGAGAAAAAAGCGCUGUCCAUACACCAAGCACCAGAUCCUCGAGCUGGAGAAAGAGUUCCUCUUUAACACGUACCUCACGCGGGACCGUAGGUUCGAGGUCGCGAGGCAGCUCAACCUUACGGAGAGACAAGUCAAAAUCUGGUUUCAGAACCGCAGAAUGAAGAUGAAGAAAUGUAAUAAAGAUGGUGGACCGAAAGAUGAUUUCUAGGUAUGAUUGAUUGAAUGAGAACGUAAAAACAUAUCCGAAAUAAGAGGGGUAUCUGUGAAAAGGCUCUUUCUCUGCUGGACUGCAUUUUUAUAGUCGUUGUUUCAUUGUUUUAUCCCUAACAGAAGCUGUUAUGUGUCUUGUAAAAAGCAUGUCCGGCUCUACUCGUCGUUUUGAUGCAACUAACUACCUUUAUAUUGCACAAUUUAGCAGUGCGCAUUAUUUUUUGUUAUUGUUAUUAGGAUGUUAAUGAAUGAAUUAAUGCCUCGGCUGUGAGGGCAUCUGUGCAAGGCAUGUACCCUAUUGAUAGGCCUGUUCUCUGUGCUCGUUUGUGUGUGGAUGUGAGUAGCUAUGUGUGUGUUCUCCGGUUUGUAGAUAUAGGCCUAUUUGUAUUUCAGGUUAAACUGAAUUUAGUUUCAAAUGUUUUUGUUGUUGUCGUUAUUUCAACUAUUGGUCGAUUUGAGUUGGAGGGAUAGGCUAACGUAAUGGUGGCAUUUUGAAGCGGGUGCAUGACCAUCAAAAAGCCUCUUUAAAAUGCAUAUUGGCCUGUUGAUAAUGUUACUAGAAGCUACAUACUGUCUCUCAACUACCUAUAAUUGCAAGAACCUCAUUUCAUUUUAACAUGACUUUUCGUUGUGAAGAGACAGAAUGCUUGUAUAGAUCGUAAAAUACGUCUGAAUUUCAGGGAGUAACAUUUGAGAGGACAUAUUUGUUAGAAAGGAGAGAGACUAAAUAAACAGAAACACUGUAUGCUACCUAAUGAAUACCUCAUGGUCUGGGGACUUUCAGAUUUUUGGUUCUCAAAUGUAAUUUGUACUAUUUAUUGAAUAAAACAAAUUAUAUCUGCGAAUGCA